UCUGAGGUCCUGAGCUCUCUGGAUGAGGUUUUAAACAAGGAUGUAUCUGUACACGUUUGAAACUUGGAAACAUGAACACACUAGCUAGCUCCAUUUGAACAACUCGAGAAAUAAGCCUGCAGCAGACGUGAUACCCUCUGUCAUUGAAACGCCUGCUCAACAAACUGCCGACACAGGCUGUGAACAAGUGGUUCGGUGGCAUUCUCUCUUUACUCUGUCGCCACCAUGCUCGACGCUAUGUACAAGGACUUCUACUUCGAUGCAGACAAGAAACAGGGUUUACGUGAAAUGUUACAUACACAGCUGGACAAGAUGGAAACGGACACAUUGACAGUGGGCACCGAGGAAGAGAAGCCACGGACAGACAGCUGAAACGUCACUGCUUGACAUGUAUGAUGAAAUCCUGGUUGAGAAUGAAACGACUGAACAAUGAAACAGCACAGCAAUGAUGGGUCAGGAAGCUGGCAAGCCAGCCUGGCCCAAACCACCUGGUGGACAUCAGACAAUCACAGGAAGGCGAUACGGCAGGAGGCAUGCAUACGUUAGCUUCCGUCCAACCUCUGCCAAGCACAGGAACCCAGCCAGCGUGGAGGAUUGGCCCGAUACGGAAAUGGACGGUGUCCAUAGAGCGCAUUCCAUAUCUUCAAAAGGAAACAUCUCCUCGAUGCUUCACGCCAUCUUUCCUGUCUCAUCGAAUUCGGUUCACCCAGAGGUGAAAAUCAAAUCUGGCAAAGAUCCUCCUCACAAGAAACAAUCAACUUCUAGGCAGUCAUCGGAGGCCCACUCCAUCCACUACAAAAAGAGUGACCAACCUGUAGCCUCAGACCAGGACCAAAAUGGUGGCUCGAAGAAAAGUGCAGAAGCUAGUGCAUGGCCUAUCCCCGAGGACGAGGACAGCAACCCUUCUAAUUCCAGCAUAUUGAGCAUUGUAAAUAUUGAUGCUUACGAGCCGGACAGUAGUGGCGGCGAGGAGGAGGGGGGACAGGGUUCAGACACGUCUCACGGUCUCCAGAAAAGACUGGAUGACAUGAUCUUCGAGCUGGGUAAAGAGUUUGACUAUCUCAGCGGUUUGCACUCGUAUUUGUACACACAAUCUAGUGAAGGGACGACAGACUGUUCCCUCAGAGACACUGAGUCAGUGAAAGAUUCUAGAACAGAUCCUAGAUCAGAUUCUAACACAGAAGAAAUCCCUCCUGAGUGGAAUAUAUCAGAACACAACAGAACAGAUCACCCGGAAAUCAGCACUGAGUUCCGAACACCAGAGGAGCUAGCAACUGUUGGCCCCAAAGGUCCUGCUGAGCUGGGGAACGACGACCAGAGGGGGACCCAGUCAGAGAUGGUGGUUAGGCCCAAAAUUCGUAAGCAGUCUAGUGAAACACACCUGGAGAAGUGGAAGAGUUCUCAUGGCGAGGAGGCACACUGUGGCUCAGCCAAACAGGCCAGCAAGACCAAGUGUGUGUCCGCACCGCCAUUCUUCCUGACACAAACGGAAAGGCCAAACCAGGAGUUUCUCUUUGAUUACCCUCAGACUGAUUCAUAUGGGCUUAGCACUAUCGAGAGGAGGGGUGAAUAUGGAGAAGCUUGUAGCAAAAUUAUUUCUGAUGAUGAAAAGGACAUCUGGGAAGAACUGGAGGACUUCAAUGAGACGGGUGUUCCUUUCAUGAAGGCUGAGGAAAGCUCGGAGUGCAGCGAGGGGGAGUGGUCAGCCUUGUGGACGUCGGACUCUGGCCUGGAGAAGGAGCGUGGCUCCAGUCAGGAGAGCUGGGUGACGCUGCCUGGCCUGGACGAACUGCACAACAGCAGUCUUGAGGAAGUCCCCGAGCUCAGCCUGCCCCCUGAGUCUCUCCCUGUUUGUCAGUUUUCUUCAGUCUGGUGUCCAAUGAAAUCAACCCGUCUGUGUGUGUGUGUGCACGCACUGUGCAGGGAGCCGACCCCUCUGGAGGAGGGAGAGAUACCGUGGUUGAUGUACAACGAGGAGACGGGCAGCAGUAGUGACGAAGACCCAGAUGGCAUGAGUCACUUUGUCCACCCAGGCCUCUUCAUCCUGGAUGGGAACAACAACCUGGAGGAUGACUCCAGCUUGAGCGAGGACCUGGACGCUGAGUGGAGGUUGCUAGAUGACUUUGGAGAGGGCUUUGGGAUGGCCCAGGCUAUUUCCUAUGUGGAUCCUCAGCUCCUCACAUACAUGGCUCUUGAAGAGCGUCUGGCCCAAGCUAUGGAGGCAGCUCUAGCCCACCUGGAGUCCCUGGCCAUUGAUGUGGAGCAGGCCCACCCUCCGGCUACAGAACAGAUUAUAGAGUGUCUGCCUCAGAUCACCAUAUUGGAGGACCCCACUGGUCAAGAACAUUGCUGUGCCAUCUGCUGUGGUGAGUACGUCAAAGACGAGAUUGCAACCCAGCUGCCGUGCCACCACAUGUUCCACAAGAUCUGCGUGACUCUCUGGCUCCAAAAGUCUGGGACUUGCCCUGUCUGUCGUCACAUACUGUCGCCUGUUGUCACGGAGACCACUGCUAACACCUCGUUUGUGUCGGAUCAGGACAUCCCACCGUCCAAUCACAGCGCAGCCGGAAUGCGGUGAAUCCACAGCCAGAAAAGAGGCCUGCAACGCUUCAAUGAAAAAUAGUUCUUAUUACUUUUUCUUUCAUUGUCGCUCUCUGCAAUGUAACUCUAUGAAUGAGAUUGUUGAAUUAGUUCUGCACAUGUUCAAGAUUUAUGUCCGAGAGACAGUUCAGGCUUAUUUUCUGAGAAAAUAUUAUCUGUAUAAUGUCAAGUCUUUGUUACGAAUGUAUGUUUUAAUGAAGGAUAUGAAAUUAGGAAAUUGCAAUUUUUGUUUAUCCUAGAUUUUCGUUAAAGCAUUUCAGAUUUUACUUGCACAUUUUUUUUAAUACAGAUGAAAGCAUUGCUUAUGUACCUCACAUUGUACUAACUUCAAAAUCAUUUUGGUUCCCGUGUUCAAUAAAGGCUGUAGUGUGGCUAAGUCUUGAACUAUCAAAACCAA